AAACGUCAUCAUGGAGGCCAUGAAUUGGAUUCCCUCGCGGAAUCUUAUUUUUAGUAUUGGAUUAUUAUGUAUUUUACUACCAAAACAGAUAUGUGGAAAAAUAGUAGAAGGAACAUUAACAACCAAAGAAGAUUGGCAGUUUUUAUCAAGGUUCUGCUUUCUGUCAGAAAAGGGAAGAUUAGAGUUUGUCUUCGAAUAUCCAAAGUCAUAUGAGUCAAUAGAUAUGCUGCUUUAUUUUGACGAUGAAGACCAGUGGCCAGCUGUUUAUAAAACCUCCAAGACCUGUCAACAAAAACUAGCAGUUCUCAAACCCGAGAAUAACCAAGUAAUCAAUCUUAGUUUACGAUACGCUUGGUCGGGUUGCGCCAUUGAGAAUAAAACAUGGGCGGCAACGGGUGUAAAGCAAGAGCAGUACGUCUGUUCGGGUGGGCGGAGCUUCAGAUCCGUUCGGGAAAGAUGGUGGUUUAUUGCAGUCAGUAAUUGUGAAUCUACCAAAGGCCUUACUAUAAAAUACAAGCUGACAAUGACGAAUGAUGACUCUAAUAUAUUCUUCAGACAAUUCUCAGCUGAUGAAUUCUAUAUAUAUGAACUUGAUAUAGCAUUCCUCGUCAUCACUAUAAUUAUGCUGGGAUUAACUCUAUGGGCAGCUGUCAUCUUACGAGGACGUCAGCUAUUUCACACCACCUAUAAGAUGUACAUGGUCUCAUUGGCCACCCAAUGCAUGCAUCUGCUGAUUAUGUGUAUCGCAUACGGGAAGUUUGCGAAUGAUGGUUUAGAUAAUUACGGCAUAAAAGUUGUAGCCCGCAUCUUCGAUUCCUUCUCCCUCUUAACGUUCCUCUUGAUGUUAAUUCUGUUGGGCAAAGGAUACACAAUUACAAGAGGGCGUCUUAGUUCGUCGGGAUCUAUAAAAAUAGCCGUGUUUAUGACGCUAUACAGCAUCACUUUUAUUGUCCUGUUUGUGUACGAAGCUUACUUCUUUGAUGCGGGACAAGUCCUCUACCUCUACGAGAGUCCCCCAGGCUAUGGGCUUAUUGCGAUGCGCCUCCUAGGCUGGCUCUGGUUUUGCUACGCUAUAUUUUUCACUCUAAAACACUACCCAGAAAAAGCAUCAUUUUAUUACCCAUUCUUCAUAUUUUAUACUUUAUGGUUCUGGGCUGGACCAAUAGUAAUUCUUAUAGCGAUGCACGUUAUGAACCUUUGGGUUCGAGAAAAAGUUGUGAACGGCAUUGAAAAUAUGGUGGUAUUUAUAGGCCAAAUUUUCUUUUUGAUUCUAACAAGACCUUCUGCGGCCAAUACCAACUUUCCUUAUCACGUCAGGACAUCACAGAUUGGUGUCAUGACUGCUGUACCCCAGCAAAAUGGUGUGCCCCUGGGGACAAACAUGGACAGCUUCUCUGCAAGGCCCUAUGCCCCCAGCUCAGACAUGAAUGGGGGACCCAGAGGACCAAAUUUCUCCAAUCUUUUCGUUGUCUCAAAUCAGCGAAGUGAAAAAACAAAUAAUAAUGAGGCCAAGUCGAGUGGGGAUUCUGGGAUUGAUGAACCUUCUUCAGCUGCCCCUAGAAAGAAUCCAAAUAUGUUCGUGACCUCCAGUGCAACGAAGCAUUCGAGACCCGCUCCGAGUGGGGGACAAUAUGAUAACAAAGCAUUCUCAAGGUCCGACCUUGACCUUACUGCUCAGCAGGGCUAUAAGCAACAGCGUGGAUCUCCCCUUCUAUCACAGGAGACGGAUAAUUCCGACAUGUUUACUGCAAAACAGUCCCGAUUCAAACAUCAAGUGAAUACAGAGGUUUCAAGGUCAGAUUCUUCAGAUAACGGACCAACAGAUCUGUUCACUACCUCCCAUGAACGCACAAAAAAGCGUCCUACUGCACCCAUUGACAACACACCCGACGACUCACCAGCUCCUGUCGAUUCCGCGUCAAGCACUCCACCCUUAUUAGGUAAAAAUCGCAAGCAAGAUCGUGGACGUUCUGCAAGACAUGAGCGUAACCAUGACGAUUUAACCAAGAAUGAGGCUUUGCCACUCAAUAGUGAGCCGGUGCCCUCGACGCCACCGCUUCCCCGCAAAGAUAGCAAUAGUUCAGAUCUCCCUGAACUCAAACCAGAGCGAUCUGAGCGUUCUGAACGGAGGCGGAAGAAAAAGCGUGAUAGAGAAAGAGCCAACGCCGGAGGAAUGGACUCCGCUCCUUUAUCUCAAGAUAGUGAUAUUUUCACAACUAGUAAAGAGAGGUCUACUAAAGGGGUCUCCAACGAUUCAUUCCUGAAUGAUUCAUUUUCAAAACCACGGUUACCACCACCAAAUGCACUUCCACCUCUCAAAGGAUCUUAUUCGCUGGAACCACCAACAUUUUCAUGAACCACCACAAAAAGUUCAUGACACCAAACACAGGUUUCAAGAACUACUGCUCAAAAUGCACAGCUGCAGCUGAACAAUACUCAGUUAUAUACAGCUUUUAUACAGCUGUAAGUAACGUGCAGUUGUGAAAAAGGGCAGAACUUAGUACAAUGCAAUCUCUAAAGGUGGCGCCACAGGAAAUAUGUGGACAGGUGGACGU